AGUACAUAAUUUGAAAUGAGAAUUUUGUGUGUUGAAAUUGAAAUUUAUGGAUUAUUAAUGACACUAGCAUUUGCUGGUUCAAUUGGAAUGACUUUAGUAAUUUUAGCAUGUGCCUUACCUGAUGUUAACUCAUGGUGGCCUUUUAUAGUUGUGAUAUUUUAUCUAUUUGCUCCUCUACCAACUAUGUUGAUGAAACGGUAUAAUGAUUAUUCUGGUUCAGGUAAUGCAAAUAUGGAUUUAGCUGUGUUUAUUACAAUGUGUUUUGUUGUAUCUUCUUUUGCAUUACCUAUUAUAAUGGCAAGAGCACACACUAUUGUCUGGACAGCUUGUUAUUUCACCUUAUGCGGAAAUAUAGUUGUAUACUUAACAUUUAUAGGAUUUUUCUUAACCUUAUAUCAAGAAGAUACUGAUUAUAGUCUAUGGUAAUUCUGUAAUAUUACAAAAAUCUAUGAAUAUAGCAGGCUGUUCAAAUGUUCUUAUUUACUUUUCAAUCAAUUUGAGUUAUGUUAACAAACAGAAAACUGGGGUACAUUAUGAAAUAAUUACUAUUAAUUUAUUAAAUAAAAUAUAUAUUAAAAUAAAAUAUAUUAAAUAUUGAAGGUAACUCUUAAAUUUAGCUGAUAUCUUACCAACCAAAUCAAUAAAUAUAAUAACUUUUUUAGUUAACAAUUUAAAUUAUUUUUAUGAAUAUUAAGCAAAAACAUUAUUUAUUAUAAAUUUUUGACUAUAAAUUAUUUAUUGGUUAAUUUUAAUAUAGUAAAUAUAAAGUGUCUCUAAAUAUUACAUUGGUUUGAACAAAACAUUGAAUAAAAUAUUUAUAAUUAAAAAAAAAAAUUUCAAAUGAAACUAGUAAUGUUUUAUAGAGUUUUAUUUUUAACUAUAAAUAGUAUCAUUUUAGCAUAAAAUUAUAUAUAAUAAUAUUAAUCAUGUAUAAUUUUAAACAAAAUUAUAUUUUAGUUGUAUAUAUGUUUAUUUUUAAAUUUUCAUUUGAUUAAAAAUUUAUUCCUUUCA